AUGGAAUUACCAUUGUUUAACUCAGUAGAAUUUGAAAAGCUCUACAACUGUAGCUUGUACGAUGAUGGCUACUUCAGCGAAGCCAGACGACCAAAUCCGCUGGUAGGAUUUGUCUACAUGACCACUGGUAUAACAUAUGAGCUAUUGUACAUACCAUGCCUUAUCACUAUGGCAACACCAAAGUUCUUCAACAACUCGUGCUAUAAGUUCAUGUUUUUCAUUGGUAAGUACUGUAAAGUAAAAAAGUCAUUAAAACUGGUAUCUAAUUGGCAAUAAAACAUCAAAAUAAAUUAGACAUUAAGCUGAAAUGGCAUUAAUAACUGCUUUAUUAAAAUAUAAAUUACAAUAUAUAAAUAUGAUUUUUAAUCUUUUUUGAUUAAAAUAAGAUUUUAGGCUUGAUUGACAUAUUGACGAUCCCUUUCAAUGCCAUUUUGUAUGGAUACUUUGCUUGGAAAGGCUAUGUUUAUUGCGACACCCCUGGUUUAAUGUACUUUGCUGCUGCUUUUACUACUGGUGAGUUAUCUAUAUUCUUGUACACAGGGCAGGGCAUUGGUAUUGGCAGAUUUUCAUGCUCUGCCUUGUGCCCUGCAGUGCCCUGCGUUUAAACUUAUCUAAAAAAGAAAGCACUCAACCUGCCCCACGCAGAAUAAUUUCAAAAUUUUUAUAUGAAUUCUGUGUACCACUAAUAGUGCUCAUAAGAAAAUUUAACUUCUUUUUGAGUUCUGAAACUAAAACAGAUGUGUUUUUCGCUAAUUUAGCAAAUUCGGAAACUAGUAUGGUACUAAAUCGUACUAAAGUUUAAAUUGGUAUGGUUUUAAAAUAACAGUACCAUUUUGAGAGUUUAGUACCGUUUAGUACCAAAAAAUAUAAAAAAGUACCAAUUUAAACUUUAGUACUAUUUAGUAUCAUACUACAACUAA